UCAUUUCGACGUCUUAAUCAAUGACCCGUGAUGUCUACCAUAGUGCUGUGUACGUAAAUUGUUUUCCUUUUCUCACAAAAAAAAAGUUCGCGCAGAGGAGGAAAUCAUUGUUUUUCGGUCGUUUGAUUCGGUUUUCCGAUGUAUUCUUUGCAUUUACGGUCCAGAUGAAGCUAAACAUGGAAAACCAGAAUCAACGAUGGACCAUGCAGAGGAUGCUGGGUAUAGUGUCCCUCGUGCUACUGGCCGGACAAUGUUCCGCAUUCUACGUGCCCGGUGUUGCUCCGGUAGAGUUUAAAAAGGGUCAGAAGAUUGAUGUGAAAGCCGUCAAAAUGACCAGCACCCACACGCAGCUCCCAUACGAGUAUUACUCGUUGCAGUUAUGCUUGCCAAAGAAUGGCACGGUAGUGUACAAAAGUGAAAAUCUUGGCGAAGUUCUCCGAGGGGAUCGUAUCGUCAAUACACCGUACGAGGUACGGAUGGCAGAAAACAUUCAAUGUAAGUUGCUGUGCAAUUCGAAGGAUCGACCAAUGAACUGGGACCAUGAACAAUCGGCUAAAGUGGCCGAACGGAUACGUCACGAAUAUUUUGUCCACCUGAUCAUUGAUAAUCUUCCCGUGGCAACAAAGUUUGUCAAUCCCGAUACAAUGGAACUACAGUUCGAACACGGCUACCGUUUGGGCCAAACGAACGGUCCGAAUGUUUUCAUUAACAACCACUUAAGAUUCCGGCUGUAUUACCAUCUACACAGCGAGAAUCAAUAUCGAGUCGUCGGAUUUGAAGUUGAAACACUGUCGAUAAGUAAAAACUCUUUAAGCUUCGACGGUGACACUUGUAUUUUCCCGGACAAUCCUAAACCACAAGCAGUCACACCAAACGGCAGGACGGAGCUAUUCUUUACCUAUUCGGUGGUAUGGCAGGAAUCGUCCGUCAAGUGGGCCUCCCGAUGGGAUAUUUAUCUUGGCAUGAACGAUGUACAGAUUCAUUGGUUCAGCAUCAUCAACUCGCUUGUGGUGGUAUUCUUCCUGUCAGGUAUACUCACGAUGAUAAUGGUCCGUACACUUCGUAGAGAUAUUGCCAAGUACAACACGGAUGAUAGCAUCAGCAUUGAAGACACAUUGGAGGAAACCGGUUGGAAGCUGGUGCACGGUGAUGUGUUCCGCCCUCCACGACAUCCAAGACUCUUUGCUGCGGUCAUUGGUAGUGGUAUACAGAUAUUUUUCAUGGCGCUCAUUACAAUUAUUAUCGCUAUGCUCGGAAUGUUGUCGCCCUCUUCCCGUGGGGCACUUAUGACGGCCGGUAUAAUGUUGUACGUGUUUAUGGGACUCAUAGCUGGAUACUUUUCGGCGCGACUUUACAAAACGAUGAAAGGGCGCAACUGGGAACGUGCUGCAUUUCUCACGGCCACAUUUUAUCCGGGUCUCGUUUUUGGUACCUGUUUCUUUUUGAACUUUUUCAUCUGGGACAAGGACUCUAGCGGUGCCGUUCCGUUUGGUACGAUGGUCGCCUUGUUGCUGCUGUGGUUCGGCAUAUCAUUACCGUUGGUAUUUUUGGGAUACUACUUCGGUUACCGGAAGCAAGCCUUUCAGCAUCCCGUGCGCACGAAUAUGAUUCCCCGUCAGAUACCGCAUCAGCACUGGUACAUGAACGUUGGUCUGUGUAUUCUCAUGGCCGGCAUUUUGCCAUUUGGAGCGGUUUUCAUCGAACUGUUUUUCAUCUUCUCGGCCAUCUGGCAGAAUCAGUUCUACUAUCUGUUUGGAUUUUUGUUCCUGGUAUUUUGCAUACUAGUCGUGAGUUGUUCGCAGAUAUCCAUCGUGAUGACGUACUUCCAGCUAUGUGCUGAGGAUUACCGAUGGUGGUGGAGAAGUUUUAUCGUUUCCGGAGGAUCAGCCGUGUACAUACUGUUCUAUAGCAUAUUUUAUUUCUUCACAAAGCUCGAAAUUACGGAAUUCAUACCGACGUUAUUAUAUUUGGGAUACACUGGUCUCAUGGUUGUAACCUUCUACAUUCUCACCGGCACGAUAGGAUUUUUCGCAGCGUACAGUUUUAUCAGAAAAAUUUACGGAGCUGUAAAAAUUGAUUGAAAAGUACAUUAGGGAUAAAAUUGAUUACUACAUUUUCGACAAAAUCAAACCGGUUAUUUUUUCGUAUUACACCUUCAAGAUGGAAGACACAUUUCUACAUUGCUGUUGAUGAAACUCAUUACGUGCAUCAAACGACAGAGUACGCCACUAGUAAUGUUUAAUCUAACCCGUGAACUUUUUGUGAUAGUACAUCGAACAUACUGGACGCAAUUCUAUGUUUAACGCGUAUGUUCGAUUUGAUGACGCGACACAAAUGUGUUUGACUGUGUGUGCAAUUGACUUCUAGUACCAGCUCACAUUAGGAAGCGUUUUAUGUACGAUUUGUGUUUUUGUGGUUUAUGUCCAUAAAGUUUACUGUAUUCAAUGAAUUUAUAACAAAUGCAAACGUACCCGGACACAUUCAAGACAAUUCAGUUCGAUUGUAGUAGUCUGGACACAACACAUAUGGACCAGAUGUACGUUUAUCCAGCAGCAGGUAGCUAAAAAGUCGUUUUAUUUUAGCUUACAUCAACUUGCAAUUACGUCUAGACUCCGCAAUUUUAGUUAGUUGUAUCAUAUGCUAAGACUAAAUGUAACAAAACGGUGAAAUAGAUAAAUAAAUCACAACCUUGAAACAAUAUCGAACAUUAA